AUGGCUGCGCUUACCAUGCAAUCAUAUCUUGUAAAUGAUCUGUUCUCCCUAAUAGGGAUUAUUACUAGUACAUUUUCAACAACAUUUGCUUGUACUCUUGCUAUAUCAACAGAACUAACAACUACUUCGUCUUCUACUCCUACAUUCCCAACAUCGACAACGACUACUACAUUCUCAACAUCGACGACAACUUCUGCUUCCACUCCUACAACGACGACAUCGGAUGAUAUGGGCCAGAAAACUGUGCCACCACAAGUCCCAAGUACUUCCUCAGAAACAACUACGACGUCUGCUUCUAGUGUUACCUCGACCACACCGCAUGAUAUGGACCAAAAAACAGUGCCACCAAAACUCUCGAGUACUUCAACAGGAUCAACCACAAAGUCUGCAUCUACUCCCACAUCGACAACCCCGCAUGAUAUGGAUCAGAAAACAGUGCCACCAAGAAUUUCAAGUACUUCAACAGAAUCAACAACAACUUCUGCUUCCACUUCCACUUCAACGACACCUCAUGAUAUGGAGCAGAAAACAGUGCCACCAAGAAUUUCAAGUACUUCAGCAGAAUCAACAACGAGGUCUACUUCUACUCGCAGUUCGACAACACCACAUGAUAUGGGCCAGCAUACCAGAGUGCAACCACCAUCGCUGCGUACUUCGACUUCUACCGAUUCCACAACAACGUCGAUAUCUACACCCAGUUCAACAACACAGGAUGAUAUGGGCCAGCGAACAAAGGUUCAACCACCAUGGUCGCGUACAUCGACAUCUGCAGAUUCAACGACGUCGGUUCCUACUUCUACGACAAGGGGUAAAGAUCCAAGCUUAUGCACUGAGGAAAGUGCUUUCUAUGCCGGAGCGCUGUAUUAUUUGGGGCGGUUCAAGUGCAAAUUUGGCCCGAUCGGAGAGCUAUACGACUCGCUUGAUGAGUGUCUAAUGAAGUGUCAAGAAAGAACUCCGACAACGCCUGAAGCAACAACACCAGUGCCAGAAUUAACGACACCAUUGAAGCCAGAAUCAACCACAACAAAAUUCCGGUCACCAAAAUGUUUCUUGACGGUAAAGGAAAGAAUAAUGAGAGGAUGUACUGGCAAGAUACACUAUAAUUUAACAAGCAACAAGUGCGAAGAGGUCCCGUACGGUUGCUUCGAUAUUUCAAGGUCUUGUGAAACAGCAUGCGUUCUAUUUAAGGAUGUUCCGCAAGGUCCUUUCCAGACACGCACACCAGGUACAUCGACCACAUCUACAACUGUUCCACAGGUAACAACAUCGAGUCCUCCUACGACGAUGAGAGGUUAG